CCAACAUGAACGCCGACACAAACACGCUCCAUUGACGCUCCGGCUCGCGUUCAACCCGCUGAAGUAUCCACAAAAAAAAAGAAUAUUCCGCGUGUAAAAGGGUUUCAGGGGUUGGGGGUGGGUAGGUGGGCUUGUUUUCUCUGCUCGGUGUUCACCCCAGCUCGCUGCUAACCCACCUAUAUAAACAGGGCUGGAGUGCAAAUGGCAGAGCAGGAGGAGCAGCAGCAGAUAACCGCGCUGGACACGCCGGUGCCUGGCCCCUCGCAGACGGGGAGAGCGGUGGCUCUUGCCCGGCUACUGCACCACGAAUGUACUCAUCUGCUCCAGCUAUACAAAGAGAAGGAGACCUUCUUGUCUGACCACACCCCAGACGGCGGGCGCAUCGUGUCCCUGUCCCUUGACUCCGAGGAGCCUAGCGCGGAGGAGCAGGUGCUGUUGCUGCAUUCGGCUCUGCGGCAGUGUCUGGGGCUGAUCCACUGUGUCAUCGAGAAGGAAGAGGAGGAAUGGGGUGAGCUGGAGGGCGACUACGAGGCCAUGAGGAAGAACGUCCAUCUCCGGCUGGAGCACCUGCUCCACAGCACCAAAGAUCUGGUGGAGACUGAGGACAAGACCCUGGAAGUCACCCCAGACCACCAGCAUAAUACUGAGGAAACCGAUGGUGCUGGUGGAGUUUUCGGGCUCAAAAUGUGGACCUAUCGAGUGCUACAGGAGCUAAUCCACUGGGCUGACCACGCUGCUCAGACUCUCCAUGUCUUACACAAAGAGAGGGAAGGAACAGAAGAGAUCUGAUGUUCUUUGUUUCAAUCCAACAACAUCUAUGAAUGAACUCACUCGACACUAACAGCCAGCUUUCUCUUUUAUGUAUUCCAAAUUAGAUAUUAAGUGGUGUGGAAUAUAUCCUGUGAACAUUAGAGGUUAAAAAUUUACUGCUUAACUAAAAACACAGCUAAGCUCCUUUAAUAAAGCCCAGUAGACAGCUUUUCCCAGACGUUGGUAUUUCCACAGCAAGUGCUAAAAUGACCUCUAGUUUGCCACAGUUGCUUUUUCCUCUAACAAAGAAGUGAGUGCAGACUUUUAGCUGCAUAAAGGUUGAUUUGAAGUGGCAGAGUUAGACUGUUUGAGAAUGUCUUUUGUUUUUGUAUACAGUGUAUAAAUUAUUUUAUUUAAGUUGAUUUACCUUUGAAUUAUCUGCUGUUCAUAACACUCCAAAAUCUACUAACUGCUAGAAUGUAGCCAAAAACACAUGACUGAUAAACUGUGACUGAUGUGCAGCUGAAUCUGUAGACAUUUGCUAUUUUUAAAUAGGUCACUUAGCUUUUAAUGUACCACCUUAUUAACAUAAUAAUCUAAAUAAUUCCAUGUAUAGACUGAAUGCUUGUAUUGUUCAUGGUUUGGCACAAUCAGUGAUGAUCAAGUGUCAUGUUUGCUGCUCUGGUCACCAAGUUCUCUCCUGAUGUUAUACUUGAAUGUGCUGCUACACUGUUCACAAGUUUGAACUAGAAGAUGCGGUUCUUAAAUAUUUUUUGCCACGUCCUGCAAAACUGUUUGAAAGCCGCUGUAUUAGACUGAUAGUUUUACAGUAGGAUUGUAUUGCCUGUAGCUAAAAGUAUCAAACACUCUGCAUCACAAUGAUUUCACUGUUGUGUUCAAUAACGGGCGCAGCAUAGACUCACUGAGUGAAUGAGCUGUGACUUCCAGACUUGCUGGUAUGGUGAAUUUCUUAAUGACAUGCUUUCAUUUUGUCUCUGUGAUUAAAACUGGAUAUGCAUUGCAGAUUAAAACCCAGUGUUAACCCAA